AUGCAAGCUUCUUCCUCUUCUACCCCAUCCACAUCCCGUGGAUCACGAUUCAAGAAGAGAAUUCAACCACCAUCCUCGCGCAGUACACCUUUUGGUCUUCGUUCAGAGCCGCCAAAAGGAAAGAGCGGUAAAGGAAAACCCACGGCCCGUCCCAAGCUCUUGGAUGGUCCCCUUCGAGAUGAAGAGUACAUAGAAUCCACCUAUGGUCAUCUAAAGGACCAAAUCAAGCCUGCACAUCUGUCUGACCCAAAAUCUACCACCAACAAUGUUGCAAUGAGGCUCACCAACUCCCACAUGUCGUACGAAACGGAAAAAGGCGCCGUGUUAAAUGGGAAUCAAUAUGUGCCCAUGUAUCGUGUGAAAGCGAUUGUUAAAUGCGAUCCGGUGCUCAUUGGAGAGGGAGAUGCGAAAAGCCCGAAGGAGGCUACUAGAUUGGCUGUAUUGUCACUAUUGCUCCAGAUGCAGGAGCAGAAUUUGAUCUAUGCUCAACCUGCUCCUGCAAAAACUACGUUAUCUGACGGCACCGAAAUCAACGUAGAAAAAGCGAAACAGUUCAUGGGGUACUACUGUCGGCGGUACAGAUUUUCUCAACCCGACAUAACUCUCCAGGAGAGCGCGAAAGGCUGGAGCGCAGUCAUGACCGUAGCGGACCGGAAGAUAGGCAUGGGCUCUGGGCAGAACAAGAAAGCAGCACACAACCAGUGUUAUCUUGAUGUAGUACGGUAUUUGGAUGAGUGCGAUCCCGAACUCUGGAAGUCCUUCCUCAAGCAGGAGCACGAACUACCGAAAAUGCGUCUCUAUUUUUCGUUAAGCCGUGAAACCAACAACUCCAUCCGCGAUCUCAUCGUCGAUCUGAGCAAUAGCACUCUCUAUCGUAACCGUCCCUCCCAAUCUUCCGCCCCCGAUUCUUCUUCAGUGGUGGCCGUUCCCCAACGUUUUGCACGCCCGUACUAUGCACCCAACCCAGAAUCCCUCGCACAAAAAUCUCAACAGCUUCGGGAUCGACGACAGAAGUAUCUGAAUGACCCUUCUGCGGAAAGCAUGCGCCAGACAAGGGCCACUCUUCCCGUAUACACCCGCUCCGAUGUGAUCUUGUCCACUAUUAACAAAAACGAUGUUACGAUCCUAAUGGCUGCCACCGGAUCUGGAAAAACAACGCAAGUUCCUCAGAUAAUCUUGGAUUCUUAUAUCGACCGAGGAGAAGGAGCCCGUUGUAAUAUCCUUUGUACUCAACCUCGACGAUUGGCUGCUCUUAGCGUUGCAGAUCGUGUGGCAAAGGAGCGACACGAGGCAUUGGGAAAGUCCGUUGGGUACGAAGUAAGGUUUGAAGGGAAGCCACCAGAGGAACACGGGUCUUUGAACUUCUGUACCACGGGGGUGUUUUUGAAGAAACUCCAAUCCGCGCUCACCGAGGGAGGGGGAGGAAAUUUUCUUGAUGAUGUCACCCAUGUCAUUGUUGAUGAAGUUCACGAGCGAGACGUCGAUACCGACUUGUUGCUUGUUGUCCUUAAGCGCCUGUUGGCAGACAGGAAAGCGCGUAACAAGCCCAUCAAAAUCAUCCUGAUGAGUGCUACCAUCGACCCUGCUCUCUUCCAGCAUUACUUCCCAGACGACGAAGGAAAGCCCGCGAGAAUUGUUGAAGUUCCAGGACGCGCCUUCCCUGUCGAGCGUCACUUUUUGGACGACUUUUUGCCGGCUAUCGCUGAUGGCGAGGCUAAGUGGGUAAUGCAGGAUGUUUCUGUGACGAAGUACCUCGCCAAAGAGUUGCAACCUUCCGCUCUUCCUCCUAGUGUCGCUCUCAAGACUAAUUUCCUACUAAAAAAUCGCGAUGCGGAGCCAGAUGAGGAUAAUGACCUCCCCUACCCGCUUAUUGCCGCCACCAUUGCUCACGUUCUCCAAAAAUCGGAUUCGGGUCACGUUCUCACUUUCCUUCCGGGGUGGGAUGAUAUAACCGCCGUUCAGAAGAUCCUGCUAGGCGCCAAAGGUCCACUAGCCAUCGACUUUAAUAACAAAUCCAAAUUCGCUAUCCACCUCCUCCAUUCUAGUAUACCACUCGCAGAACAACAAGUCAUCUUUGAUCCGCCCCCUGCGGGGGUCAGGCGUAUCAUCUUAUCGACGAAUAUUGCAGAGACAUCCGUUACGAUUCCGGACGUAGUAUACGUAGUAGAUACCGGGAGACUCAAGGAACAGCGAUAUGACCCGCAGAAACAUAUGUCUUCCUUGGUGUCUGCCUGGGUCGGAUCAUCGAAUUUGAAUCAGCGCGCCGGGAGAGCAGGAAGACACAGACCGGGAGAGUACUAUGGCAUUCUUAGUCGUGACCAUGCUUCCAAGUUGCAGCUGCACCAGACGGUUGAGAUGAGUCGCGUUGACCUCAGUAACAUCGUGAUGCACGUCAAAGCGCUCAACUUCCCAGGAAUGACAGUCGAAGAGGUUUUAGCACGCACUAUUGAGCCUCCACCGCGGGACCGAGUUGUCGCAGCCGUUAAUUCCCUCCAAAUGUUAGGCGCACUGGACGAGCACAAAGCUUUGACCUCACUUGGUAGAGUUCUGUUACAGAUUCCAGUGGACGUUCAAGUCGGCCGGUUGCUCACUUAUGGCAGCUUCUUCCGUUGUCUGGACCAAUCGCUAAGCUUGGCUGCCAUCUUGACGAACCGCGAACCGUUCAUUUCCCCGAUGCAUGUCAGGGAUCAAGCCCGAGCGAAGAAGAACUCCUUCUGUCCCCGAGGUGUCGCUUCGGACCCUCUGACGACGCUGGAAGCCUUCGAACAAUGGCAUGAAAAGCAGUCAGUAGGCCAUUACGUCACCGCCAACCAGUUUUGCAUCGAUAAUUUCCUCUCCAAACCCACCUUACUUAUGAUUGAGAAGUUGAAAGGUCAAUUGCUAGGGUCUCUUCAUAAGUCUGGAGUCAUCAGUGUAUCAGCUGGAGGAGGUUUGGCGGGUGGAAGGUAUAGCAUGCCUUCAGAACUAAACGAAAACGGCGGAUCCAUCCCAUUGUUGUCCGCGUUGAUUACUUCGAGUUUGCAACCCAAAUUUGCAGUGCGCGUAAGCGAGAGAAUUCUGCGAACCCAACUUGACAAGGCGGUAAUUAUUCAUCCAUCGAGCGUCAACCAUAGCAACAACAGGAACGUAGAUGGCCUGGUAGCCAACAAAGAUGUGCUUCCGAAACAGAUAUACGCCUUUGGAGAAAAACGUCAGAAUAUUUCGACUUCAUCGAGUACUGCGACCUUCCUCGUAAAUACUACUCGUUUGGAGCCCUUGACCUAUAUGUUGUUUGGAGCGUACUCGAUGAAAGCUGUCGAGCAGGGCAUCUUAUGUGAUGACUGGAUCACCAUCACAGGCAACCUUGACGCGCUCGACGAUGUUCGCGAACUAAAGAGACUCGUCGAUGCAUGCAUGCUCCGGGUGUUUGAAGGAAUUCUUAUGACCAAGCGACAGAAUCGGGAGAACCUACCUGUCAUGUCGAGGGAGGAAUCGGAAUUUGAUGAAUACGAUGGAGAAAGAAAUCUUGCCCUUUCCCCGAAAGAGAUGAAGGAGCUGGAUUAUCUCAGUCGCGACCUGGUCGAUAUCUUGAAUAUGUAUCACGAAGAACGGCGAGAAGCACAAUCGCGAGUCUCAUCUCGCCCACAAACACCUUCAGGAGGUUUGGCCACUUUCCCUCCAAUCUCCUCUUCAGGUUACUCGACUCCCCUAGGAAUGCGAACAGCGUUCAAUUCUAGAGCAAGCACGCCCGUUAACCGACUUAGACAUAGUAGAUUUUAG